CCAGUUUGAUUGUGCCUAUUGCCAGGUGCAGUUGCGAUUCUCCGAAAAGCAUGAAACAGGCGUACUCUCUGCUCUGUGUGGUGCUCUUGACAGCCAGCCUGGCGGUGCCCAGUGCGGCACGUGGCGGCCGUGGACGCGGCGGUGGCUCAUUCGGUGGCCUCUUUGGCGGCUGGCGCAGCAAGUACGGCAGCAAGUCGUCGUCGUCCGGCGGCGGACGUCGCGUGGUCAGCGGCUCGCCAGUGCACACGGCGAUGACGGUGCCAAAGCUGCCGCCACCGCCACCGCCGCCGGUGUCGUCAAAGGUCAAACCACAUGUGGCCAGCUAUCCGCGUCAACAGCCGCCGCCACCGCCACCGCCGGGCUAUGGCUAUGCACCAGCUGCGGGCCAGGGCACGUACUAUGCCAACGCCCAGGCACUGCCCGCCGGCGCCUUCUACUACGCCCAGCCGCCCACGUCCAUGGGCAUAGGUCCAGGCACUGGUUUCCUGACUGGCCUACUGGCUGGCCGAUUGAUGGACAACGUGCUCUUCGGCCAUCACCAGCAUGUGUCGCAUGUCUACCAUCCGAAUCAAGAGGGUCAAGCAGCUUCCGGCAAUGGGCGUGAGAUCAUAAUUAUCAACAAUGGGCAGCAACAGACCGAGGGCGAAACGCAGCAGCCGCCCAAUGACUCGCUCAGCCCAGUGGACGCAGCAAAUCCACUCGAGAAUAAAGAUGAGCAGCAGGAGGGAGAGCCCAGUGAGGCAGUUACUUCCACGGCAAUGCCCGUGGCUCCCGCUGGCGGCAUCAUCUGCUUUCCCAUCAUGAUAAAUGAAACGGAUCCACAGAAUCCGGAGCUGGUGAAUGAGGUGCAGCGCGUGGUCUGCUUUCCAGCGCCGACCGCAGAUCCACAAUCCGCAGACUGUCAAAAUGAUCCCAUCUGCGUGCUGCAGCAUGGCGGCAGCACCACCAGCACAGUGCCACCGAUUGUUGCAGGCGAUAUUGGUGGUGCAGCCGAAGCCAGUGAUUCCCUGGAAUUAUCCACUCCCGCGGCGGCUGACGAUGCUCCACAAGAUUAGUCAUUAAAUUAGGCUUUAAGCAAAACUAAAAAUAAAUUUGCAAUCAAUU